UGGCGUGGCGGCGUGGCGGGGCCCGAGGGUUGCCGUGGAGACGCGUCCCUGAGGCCUGCGCGAGGUAGAAGCCCGAGAGUCGCUCAGGAGAGUUAACUCACGGUGCCCCACACUGAAGGAGCAGAAUAAUACCAACUACAGCAACUACAACGAUACGCAAACCCUUUAGACUACAACUACCGAUCACAGUCACGCAGUGAGGAUGUCGCGAGCGCAGGCGGAGGGCGUCAUUAAGAACAUCAUCCGCGAAAUCGGCCAAGCGAGCGCGGCGCGGGGAUGCUUGGCGUCGGAGACCCUGGUGGCGUUUAUGGUGAAGGCCGUGGUUCUUGACCCCCGCAAUGGCUUCAACGUGGACCGCACGUUGACCAAGGAGGACGUGCAGAAACUCAUCAAGCUGUGCGAGGACCGAUUGCUGGACAAUAGCCGCCCUUCGCUGGAAACCAUUAAAAUGCAGGUUUAUUUUGACAUGAACUACACAACCCGAGCUGAGUUCCUCGAGGAGCACCGGCGCGUCCUGGAGACCAGGCUGGCACCCAUCCAGCGUGAGAUCACGGACAGCCGGGCACGCUCGCGCGAGGAGUUGGAGGCCCUCUACCGCAAGGUGGUGAGCUACGUACUGCUCUCCUCGGGCCUCGGAUCUCCUACGCACAUCGCCGUCGUCCGUGAGGCCACCGCGGCGCUGCAGAGCGUUUUUCCACAGACGGACCUGGGCACCUUCCUGGCCAUGACAAAAAAAGAAAAGGAACAGCAGCUGACGGAGCUCUCCCUCAUCACCACGGGCAUCCGCCUAUUCAACAAGAAAUGUGGCAAGGGAGGGGAGGGCAUCGAUGACUUGCCGGCCAUCCUCAACGAGGCCAUCCCGGCCGCUACCAAGCACCUCGACGCAGAGCUGGGAAGCACACGGCAGCUGGCGCACCGCUACACCGCGAUCCUGGAGCAGUGCUCCGAUCUGGCCGACCAGCUGGUCCGGGCUGGCAUCUUCCCCGACACCCUCAGAGAGCUGAUGUUCAACUGUCGGCAGCACGAGUGCUUCCUCAAGAUAUUGUUGGGAGACAUGAUCACAUCGGCUGGAGAGGUGGAGUCGCUGCAGAGCCAGCUGGCAUCUCACAUGGAUGCGCUUCAGGAAAUCAUCCAGGCCAAGCAGGCCGUGCCCACAACGCAAGUCUACCCUCAUUUCAUGGCGGUGGCGCGGGUCUGGUGCAGCUUCCAGGACCAGAUGGUGCUGCUCAGCGUUCUCAGCAACGUCAUGACCAACCUGGCGCCCUUCCUGGAGCCCCACGGCCGCCUGUGCCCGGAGACGCUGCUGGUGCCGCUCGUGGGCAGCAUUGCUGAGAAGACCGAUGCUCAGAGGCUGCAGGAGGCCGCGGGUGACCAGGUAAACCCAACCGAUUUCAAGAGCCAGGAGUGGUUGUUCCCCAAGACCACACGAAACCUGGACCGCCUCCCCAUCCAGUAUCGGGGCUUCUGCGCGUACACGCUGGCCGCCAGAGACACACUGCUCCUGCCAGGCAACACAAACAUUGGGGUUCUGAGGCACAGGGAGAAGCUCUACACCUUCUCCUCCAAGCAGGCCGCGUGUGCCUUCGCCAGCAACCCGGACCACUUUGUCGGCAUGGUGGCCGAGGCAGCCAGGCGCUCCGCAGAGCUCAUUCAGCUGCUGGAACUACACCAGCAGUUUGCAGUCAUCACGCCCUACUCCCGGACACGGGAGCAGGGCGGCCCCGCCGAGACGCCCGUCACCAAGUGCGACAGUGGAACGCAGACGGACACGCACAUCCUGGAGUCCAGCAUCGUGAGGUCGUACGAGUGGAACGAAUGGGAGCUCCGGCGCAAGGCCAUUAAACUGGCCAAUCUGCGGCGCAAGGCCACGCACUCGGCGCAGACGGACCUGAGCCACCUGCGGCGGGACGGUACCACGCAGGUGUACCUCCCGCGUGAGGUCGGCACACAGACCAAGCGUGAGGGCACCACCAACGUGCCGCGGCCCAGCGUCUACCUGGCCGGCCUUCGGGGAGGCCCCACCGGUCAGCCGACGCACGCCGUACAAGUGGACCUCACGCGCUACCCCGACCAGCCUUAGUGGGACCACGCCGUGCCAGACUGGGCCUACCCUGAAUUACGUCACGUGGGGGCUAGGCGUAUAGAUAACGAAGGUUAUUUGUAGUUAUAAGGCACCUUUAAAGUUGCGUCGUCAUUCUUGUUUGCCCUUUUACGUUGAAUUUGCACCGCACGAUAAUUUUUUUUUCUGAGCCGAUCUUAUUACGUGUAGAGUGCCGUUUGUACUUUAUCUUAUCGAUGGCUUCGUGAAAUUGCAACCUACAGGUCUACAAGUGUGUGGCUCGGGCUUAGGCUGAACGGAUUGCUGUUGUUGCCGCGCCUCGCUAGGUUUUCUGACGUUUGUGUGUGCUUCACAGUGCUGGUUCAUGGCUUGGUCAGGGUUUUCCUCGGUCGCAGAAGCACAGUGCUGUAGCGUGCUCAAGUCUCUUCUAGUAUUUUUACGUGUUCUCUUAAAUAUGCAUUGGACCUCCGUCUGCGAUCACAUCUUCAGGCGUUGUGCAAAUUGGCAGGAAACAUUUCCAACAGCAUCCUGUUUAGCCUGCUACUUCUGUGUGAAUGGUUUAAAAUUUUAGCCUUUAUACUCACUCAAGUGCCACACUGUUCACACAUUACUCCUGUGGAGAGGGUCUGUCUCUAUUCUUGAAUAAAAAAAAACAAGUUGCCAUAACAAUC